AUGUCAAACGAAGGCACGCGGCUCAUGACGCGCUACGUGCGACCCAUUUACGAGGCCAUCGAUAGUCGUCAAUACAAAGCAGCAAUUAAAUUAUGUAUGCACAAACGUGUAGUACAUUUAGACAUUGUACAAGUGCUGAAAGCGCACUGUCUGGAGCGCACGGGACGAGUAGAAGAAGCGCUAGAUAUAUGUCGUCGUAUUCAACGCAACCAGCCAAUCGAUGACACGCUAUUGAAUACAAUGAACCUCGUGUUUAAACUUGGAGGAUGUGAGCAUGAAAUGCUGCCAACAUUUGAGCACGCUUGUGCUGUAAGUCAUCCACCAAAUGAAGAACUCUAUCAGUCGUUAUUCAUGAGCUACGCAAGACGUGGAGACUUUCUCAAGCAACAACAGACGGCACUCAAGAUGUUUAAAGCUUUUAAUAAUAUUAAAUAUGUCUGUUGGGCUGCAUUGAGUAUGAUGCUACAGGUAGAACAUAAAGGAACACCAACGCGGAUGUUGGCGUUAGCAGAAAAGAUGUUACUAAAGACAUUGAGAGAUUCUGGGUCAGAUGAUGGAGAGGUAUUGCAAUUGACAGUGCUCGUGAUGCAGCUACAAGGCAAUCAUCAGGGUGCACUGGAAGCUUUCGACGAGUUUGUCAAGAGGGAUGACGACAAGGACAAGAAAAAGGAAAGAAAGACAGUCUUGGGACGGGCUGCAGAAGGGGAAGGAGCUUAUGAAGAGGAGAUUGAGCUCGGACCAAUGCAGGCUAUUGACAGGUUGUCUUUGGAAGCAACGCUAGCAAAGAAUGUGGCCAAUUGGACUCGAUGUGCGAUGGUAAAUCGCACGUUGCUGGAAGAAUACAAUGCAGACGACUGGACGUUCUUGAAAGAGUACAUUGCUGCACGAUUUAAAGAGAAAGUGGGCUGCACAACGGCGGAAUUGUUGGCACUUAAAGAAGAAAUUAUGGAUUUUAUGAACGAUUUGCAGUCUCGUCCAAACAAUGCGCGCAUUCGAGGACCUGCUCUUGCUCGUAUCCACAUCAGUGCUGAGACCUUGCGUAGUUUGAAGCCGGGAGAUGCGGCCGUACCGCAGGUGGAGACAAAGUUACAAGAGCUUAUUGUUGCUUAUGCGGAUGAGUUUUACUUUAAAGCGUGUUGCUUUACUGAUUUGAAGCAGUACUUCACCCUCUACUUAAAGGAUGGCACAUUGGUAUCAGCGCCCGCAAAAUCUAACCUGAUCCAACACUUUAGUAAACUGUCGGAGGAAUCCGCGGGCUUGCUCAAGAACAAGCCACUAGAUAGUAAUAUCGAUGAAAUGGCGCGUAAACACGGGCAAAAUAACCUGAGUAAGCGAUUGCUUGCGCUCAAAGCACUUCGUUUUCUAGGCUACUACGAGAAUUCGGAAAUGUUUUCGGUGAGCGAUUUGCACCAUUUGGUGACAGACCUCGAAGAAGAGUACGAAGCUACGAGUUGGCUCAAUAUCGGUAGUGCCGGCGGUCAACGCGAGGUGCAGCUUACGGACGACUUGCUCCUGCUCGCGACACACUUUCUUCUGGAUAUUUAUCAGCGUUCCAGCGGGCAUCGCGAGUACCUGGAGCGUGCCGCAGGACUCCUUGAAUAUGGACUGGAGAAGAGUGCAUACAACUUCCAAAUGAAGCUUUUGCUGUCCCGUGUGUACGGCUACUUGGGUGCUGCAGAGGCUAUGCUAAACCGUCAUGUGGAGCUUGAUGUGAAGUACGUGCAGUUGGACUCGUUAUCGUUCUUGGUACUUGACAAAAUGCUUGACCUCUGCCAGUACUCCGAAGCACAAAAGCUGACGACAAAAAUCACAGCUUUGCAUCUCAGGACGGCAAGCGACACUCCUGAGUACAUUGCCCGUGCUUACCGAAUUGGUGUUUACUCGAAGGUAGUUGACAUGUCUUCAUUCUUGCACAAACGUAUGAAGAAGUCGCACACGCUGGCUAUCAGCAGAGGAGAGACACUACGCUUUCAGUUGCUUGACUCUAUUGCUGCUGGUCCUGCAAAACUCUACGAGCUUGUAACAUCUGCAAAUUUUGAUACUCAGAUCACUGAUUUGGAGGACAUGCUGGUGUCGAAUGGUGCCGAGUUAUCGCACAACCAGCAUCGAGAAGUUGUUGUAGCUUGGACUUCGCACCAGCAGGUUCCUACAGGCGAUUAUUUUGGCCAAGAUGACGCUCCUCUUGUGGAAUGUGAUCGAUCAGCUAAUGCGGACUCGUCACUGAUGUGGCUGAAGCUCCGCGUGCUGGUCCCAAAACUGCUUAAGAGUCUUGCUAAGGAUGAUCACCCGGCUUUAGCUUCUUUGACGAAAGAAUACAGUGACAUCGUGGCUCAGCUGCACCUCGCAAAUUCUACCAGCGAACGUCAGCCUCAUGUAAAACUUUGGGAAUGGAGUUCAAAUGUUAUUAUCGCAUCCGCACACAUUGUAAAUGCGGUGUAUGGCCAAAGCGAGGAAGGUGAAGACCAAAAGGACAUUUCUGCAGCGAUUAUGCAACUUCAAGACGACUUCACAGCAAUGGUGGGGCUUCUUCGUGCGGGACUAGUGUUUAAUUCGGCUGAUUCUUCUUGCGAAGCAGUGGCGCUAUCGCCGUAUGCUGUGUCCAUGUUGUCGUCAUUACUGCUGGACUCUGGUCUCACCUCGCUGAGUGCCUUGGCUCUUGCGCAACGCGCAUUGGGUAAGAAGAAGGGCAAAAAGAGUGAUCAACUGUCAGCUGUAGCAUCUGCAUUGCGCAACCUUUUCAAGCACAUGCAAGAGUCGCUGAUGCAACUGAAAAUGGAUGUUGCCAAACUCGAGUUCACGUCGCACAACCAGUCGAAAGCUUUGACUUCACCGAGAGAAGUAACUCAAGAGAAAGCGUAUGCAAACGUGGUGAAGUCCUAUCAGUCGCUUCAGACGAGACUGGAAAAGCUCCUGGACGAACGCUGCGCGAGCAUUCGCGUCAUUUUGCAAAAGUAG